AUGGGAAUUAGAGUAUUUUGGUUAUAUGACUACAGUGUGUUGAGCAUACUUAGAAAUGGCAGAGGCAGAGGGAAGCCAGGGGUCUGGGGCCUGCAACUAUUCACCAGGGCAAGAAGUUUCUACAGAAGUCAUGCCCAGAUUUUCAGGAUUAUCCUGUUGACCAUACUAUGUUUGGCUUAUGCUGCCUACUUCCUGGCAGCUUGCAUCUUGAAUUUCCAAAGGGCACUGGCAUUGUUUGUCCUCACCUGUUUGGUACUCUUGGCUUUGGCUCACCACUUUCUGAAAAGAUUCUUGGGUAAAAAAUUAAGAUGUCCAAAACCCUUGAAAAAUGCCCAUGUAAUGCUUUGGAUGAAAAGGGUGUUUGCAGGACUUGCUUUGGUUGGCCUUAUCCUGUGGCUGGCUAUAGACACAGCCAAACGGCCCCAGCAGCUGAUCUCCUUCGCAGGAAUCUGCAUGUUUGUCGUCAUUCUCUUCGCCUGCUCCAAACACCACAGUGCAGUGUCCUGGAGGGCAGUAUUUUGGGGCCUAGGUCUUCAGUUUGUCUUUGGAAUCCUGGUCAUUAGAACUGAUCCUGGAUUUAUUGCAUUUCAGUGGCUGGGAGAUCAGAUUCAGAUUUUCCUGAACUACACCCUGGCUGGCUCCAGUUUUGUCUUUGGAGAUAUGCUCGUCAAGGAAGCCUUUGCUUUUCAGUCUUUGCCGAUCAUCAUUUUCUUUGGCUGUGUGAUGUCCAUUCUCUACUACCUUGGUCUUGUGCAGUGGGUGAUUCAGAAGGUGGCCUGGUUUUUGCAAAUCACACUGGGCACCACUGCCACAGAGACCCUGGCUGUGGCAGGAAACAUCUUUGUGGGUAUGACAGAGGCACCUCUGCUCAUUCGUCCAUACCUUGCAGACAUGACGCUUUCAGAAAUCCACGCAGUGAUGACUGGAGGCUUUGCUACCAUUUCAGGCACUGUGCUAGGAGCAUUCAUAUCCUUUGGGGUUGAUGCAUCAUCCUUAAUUUCUGCCUCUGUGAUGGCUGCCCCUUCUGCUCUUGCUUUGUCAAAGCUGGUAUAUCCAGAAGUGGAGGAGUCCAAGUUCAAGAAUAAGGAGGGGGUAAAACUGCCGCCUGGGAAGGAGAGGAAUAUCCUGGAAGCUGCCAGCAACGGAGCCACAGAUGCCAUAGGCCUUGCUGCUAAUGUGGCAGCCAAUUUGAUUGCCUUUUUGGCAGUGCUGGCCUUCAUCAAUGCUGCCCUCUCCUGGCUAGGGGAAAUGGUAGAAAUACAGGAACUCACUUUUCAGGUCAUCUGCUCUUACAUCUUAAGACCCAUGGUUUUCAUGAUGGGUGUGGACUGGUCAGAUUGUCCAAUGGUAGCUGAAAUGGUGGGGAUCAAGUUUUUCACAAAUGAGUUUGUGGCCUAUGAGCAACUGUCUAAAUAUAAGAACAAACGUCUCGCUGGCGUGGAAGAAUGGAUCGGGAAUGAGAAACAGUGGAUUUCUGUGAGAGCUGAAAUCAUUACAACGUUUGCACUCUGUGGAUUUGCCAAUCUUAGCUCCAUAGGAAUCACAUUGGGAGGCUUGACAUCAAUGGUACCCCAGCGGAAGAGUGACUUGUCCAAGGUUGUGAUCAGUGCCCUUCUCACAGGGGCUUGUGUGUCCCUUAUCAGCUCCUGUGUGGCAGGAAUCCUCUAUGUCCCCAGAGGAGCAGAAGCUGACUGUGUUUCCUUUUUGAAAACAACUUUCACCAACAGAACCUAUGACAGCUACAUAUGCUGCAGAGAACUCUUUCAGAGUACUUCUCUGGAUGGCACCAACACCCCUUCUUUUUCUGGCCCCUGGGCAGAUAAAGAUUUUAGUGUCGCAGCCCUAAAGAACUGCUGUGACUUCUACAACGGUACCUGCCCCGUGGUUGGUUCAUUUUUUUAACACUCUUAUUUGAGCACUCUGUUGGCAAAGGAGUUCAUGUACUCAAGAGUGCCCACUCUACUAAUUGUGUUGUUAAGUGAAUGUGAAAACUCUACUGUGCUUUACUACAUACCAAUAAUGAAAAUUAACUUUUGACUUUCCAUUCUUCGGUUGGACCAAACAAGAAAUUCCUGGUGGACUCUAAGCUUAGAUUUAUCCCACCAAGUAGGGUCAAGAUAGGUUUAGAGAGAUAAAGGUGCUCCCUAGAGUCACAUAGUCAAGUGGCAGAGCUAAGAUUUGAGGCUGGAGUCUUGUUUUUAAUUACUUUGUCUAGUCCAUUAUAUUCCAGCAUGCUCUGCCUGCCUGCCUUUCUCCCUCCCUCCCUUCCUCUCUCCAUUUGCUCCAAUCCAGUGCCUCAAAGCCCACCAGUUUAACAUGAAUGAUCUCAUAAACUUCUAAACCUACUUGUGAACUACUUUUUAAGUCAUGUCCUGUUUUUUUGUUUCAUUUUGCUGUUUGUGUUAUUGUCAUCUUUUAUUUCAGCAAAUAGGGAAAUUGUUGUUUUAGGAGCUGGUGGUUCCCUCAAAUACAGAAUUCUCUUUAAUUAACAAGUUACUUUGAUCAACUCUUUUCAGUCAUUGCUUCAGGAGAGCAGAGACCAGGUCUGUUUCUGUUUUGUUACUGAAGUCAGCAGCUAGCAUUGUGCCACACACAAAAACAGUGUUUAAUGUUCAUUGGAUGAAUAAACAAGAUGAAGCACCAAGUAUUUGGGCCUGUAAACCUAGGGCAAAAUGAAAGAAGAAUACAAGUCUACUAAUUCCGUACUAGCGCCCCUUCUAGCAUCCCUUCUCUCCAAGAUGGGAGAAGUGUCAGAGGCAGACUGCCCAGGGUUGGGCAAGUCAAGUAAGUCCAUAUACAGACUCAGGUUUAAAGUUCACUUAAUGAUGACCUGGACACAAUAAAACCACAACUGUUAUCAAAAGAUGGAAGGAAAGGAGAAAGGAGGGAGAGAGGGGAGGAAAGAGGGAGGGGGGAAAGGCACACUAAAUGAAAAAACAUACAUAAAGCACUUAAACUGCCUGCCACAAAGUAAUCUUUUAAUCAGUAUUUAUUAUUGUUAUGUAGUAAUACUGUUAGUUUUUACUACUAUCUCGGGCCUGUAUGUGUUGGGGUGGGGUGUGGUUACAGGUAGCAAGUAGAAAACAUGAGAAAGAAGGAAAAAUGGUGAAAAAGAUGCUGAAUAGGGCUCUUUGUGAAGAGAAGGCCAGUGAGGACUUUCAAAGACAGAAAGAGGCGAAGGGACAUUUAAGAACUGAGAUACCUAUUGUUUACCUUUCUGCAGCCUCAACAAUGUUGUCCUCAAGUCAACAAAAAAUCUACUUUACAUGUAGUCUGGUGCCAGUUGAUUUUGAAGAAUUCAAGAAUUCAUGUAGUUUCCACUGCAGAGCUAAGCUAUAGGCAG